AUUUAUGAAAAUGAAAGCAAGAAAUAUCUGUGUAGAAAAAGCAAUUGAACUUAAAGAUAAAGUAGUAGAGAAAAUUGUUGACCGAGAACUGAAAAGACAAGAAAAAGAUCCUAACUAUGAAAUUACCUAUACCUUUAAGGAUUUAAACUGUGUAAAAGACCAUUUGGAUCAAAUAAACAUCACAUUAGACCUUAUCAAAGCACCACCAGAGGAAUAUACUACUCGAAUGUAUAUUUCUGGUUUAGAGGAAGAAAUUG